AUGAGUGUUCAAGAAUCAUUCUCUCGUAUUGAAUCAUGGCUAUCUAAAAACGCACCUAAUGUUCUACAUCAACUGAAUAAGCCUAUAUCAUCCAUGGAUGAACUUGAUAAAGCGGAAGCAAUACUUGGCGCUAAAUUUCCUCCAUCUGUACGUGAAGCAUAUACAUAUCAUGAUGGUGAAUCAACAGAAUCGACAGGCUUAUUUGGUGGUUGGCGUUGGUUACCAUUACGUGAAAUAAUCCAAUGGAAUAAUGAACAAAAGCAAUAUGGUCAAAAACAUCAAUUUUUAGAUUUUAAACCAUCGCUUAUGAUUCCAUUAUUAGUAUCAAACAAUGAUUUCCGUUAUGUUGAAACAAGUGGUGAUGACGGUCUAGAGGAGACGCCAGUUAUCGAAUGGAACCAUGAACAACCAUCUCGAGAUGUUAAAUAUGGAAGUUUUGAAAAUUAUUUAUCAACAUUUGCCGAAAGACUUGAAUUUGGAGAAUAUAUAACCGAUGCAAAUGACCAACAAAAUACAUGUGGACUUGCUCUUAGAAAAUAA